AUGAAGUUCAACCAGGGCAGGCGUAGAGUCCUGUACCUGGGGAGAAACAAUCCCCUGCAGCAGUACAGCCCCGAAGCCCCCAGCCCAGCCCGCCCCGCGUCUCCGACCCCCGAAGCCCCCAGCUCACCCCGCCCCCGUGUCUCUCCGACCCCCGAAGCCCCCAGCCCAGCCCGCCCCCGUGUCUCUCCGACCCCCGAAGCCCCCAGCCCAGCCCGCCCCCGUGUCUCCGACCCCCGAAGCCCCCAGCCCGCCCCCGUGUCUCUCCGACCCCCGAAGCCCCCAGCCCAGCCCGCCCCCGUGUCUCCCCGACCCCCGAAGCCCCCAGCCCAGCCCGCCCCCGUGUCUCUCCGACCCCCGAAGCCCCCAGCCCAGCCCGCCCCCGUGUCUCCGACCCCCGAAGCCCCCAGCCCGCCCCCGUGUCUCUCCGACCCCCGAAGCCCCCAGCCCAGCCCGCCCCCGUGCCUCCGACCCCCGAAGCCCCCAGCCCAGCCCGCCCCCGUGCCUCCGACCCCCGAAGCCCCCAGCCCAGCCCGCCCCCGUGUCUCCGACCCCCGAAGCCCCCAGCCCAGCCCGCCCCCGUGCCUCCCACCCCCGAAGCCCCCAGCCCAGCCCGCCCCCGUCCCCCAGCCCAGCCCGCCCCGUGUCUCUCCGCCCCCGUGUCUCUCCGACCCCCGAAGCCCCCAGCCCAGCCCGCCCCGUGUCUCUCCGCCCCCGUGUCUCCCCGCCCCCGUGUCUCUCCGACCCCCGAAGCCCCCAGCCCAGCGCGCCCCCGUGCCUCCGACCCCCGAAGCCCCCAGCCCAGCCCGCCCCCGUGUCUCCGACCCCCGAAGCCCCCAGCCCAGCCCGCCCCGUGUCUCCCCGACCCCCGAAGCCCCCAGCCCAGCCCGCCCCGUGUCUCUCCGCCCCCGUGUCUCCCCGACCCCCGAAGCCCCCAGCCCAGCCCGCCCCCGUGUCACUCCGACCCCCGAAGCCCCCAGCCCAGCCCGCCCCGUGUCUCUCCGCCCCCGUGUCUCUCCGACCCCCGAAGCCCCCAGCCCAGCCCGCCCCCGUGUCUCCCCGACCCCCGAAGCCCCCAGCCCAGCCCGCCCCCGUGUCUCCGACCCCCGAAGCCCCCAGCCCAGCCCGCCCCCGUGUCUCCGACCCCCGAAGCCCCCAGCCCAGCCCGCCCCCGUGUCUCUCCGACCCCCGAAGCCCCCAGCCCAGCCCGCCCCGUGUCUCUCCGCCCCCGUGUCUCUCCGACCCCCGAAGCCCCCAGCCCAGCCCGCCCCGUGUCUCUCCGCCCCCGUGUCUCCCCGCCCCCGUGUCUCUCCGACCCCCGAAGCCCCCAGCCCAGCGCGCCCCCGUGCCUCCGACCCCCGAAGCCCCCAGCCCAGCCCGCCCCCGUGUCUCCGACCCCCGAAGCCCCCAGCCCAGCCCGCCCCGUGUCUCUCCGCCCCCGUGUCUCCCCGACCCCCGAAGCCCCCAGCCCAGCCCGCCCCGUGUCUCUCCGCCCCCGUGUCUCCCCGACCCCCGAAGCCCCCAGCCCAGCCCGCCCCCGUGUCUCUCCGACCCCCGAAGCCCCCAGCCCAGCCCGCCCCGUGUCUCUCCGCCCCCGUGUCUCUCCGACCCCCGAAGCCCCCAGCCCAGCCCGCCCCCGUGUCUCUCCGACCCCCGAAGCCCCCAGCCCAGCCCGCCCCCGUGUCUCUCCGACCCCCGAAGCCCCCAGCCCAGCCCGCCCCGUGUCUCUCCCUCCCAGCGACGCCGCGGCAGGGGCGGGGCGGGGCGCGGCGCGGGGGGGCGGGGCUCGUGGCGGCGGCGCGGGGGCUGCCGGGAAGGGCCGGCGGCGGCGGCGGCGGGGCGAUGGCGGCGGCGCGCGGCCGGGGCUGCCCCCCGCGGUGGCGGCGGCGGCGGUGGUGGUGGUGA